ACAUUUUAGUUCAAAGAAACCCGGAAGUCGCGUAAAUGUCCUGCUCGUUAGUCAGCAACACUGGAGCUCGGAUUGUGCUGGAGGACGGACGCGCUGUGAUUGUAGGCCGAGGUCCGGACACCAGAGUCACCGACAAGAGAUGCUCCAGGCACCAGGUGAAGCUGGUUGCGUGUUUUGCAGAGCAGAAUGUUGUUGUUACUCAGCUGGGUGCAAAUCCCAGUUUCCUUGAAGGACAGGAGUUGGGUCGAGGUCAGUCUGGAAAGCUAGCCCAUGGAGGCACUCUCUACCUGGUUAACCAGAGCCAUCCGUUUACUGCCAACUUCUCCCUGAGCUCCAACGGAACCGCGACCAACAUGCCCAAGAGAGGCCUGAAAGUGACGGACAAGACCAAAUCGGCGGGAAACCGCAGAGAAAAUGAGGCUCAAUCCAGUCCGACACCCAAACGCAGCAUCAAAGAUUUCUUUUCUGCCUCUCCCGUGAAGUCAUCUAAAAGACGUCUGAGCCCAGAAAGAGACCACCCUGAGACAAAGCGACAAAGAAGAGACGAGCACAGCUCCGAUCCAGCGAUGGAUGAGGAAGAAGAGGAGAGGCUGGCUGAGGAAAAGCUGCAGCAGCUGCAGGAGUUUGCCGCUAAGUCUGCGGCGAAGGAGAGCAAAGCCAUCGAGGGCUCACCCUCUUCAUCCUCGGCAAACGCCUGUGUGAAGAGCAGCUGGCAGCAGACUGGAAACCUGCUGGUUUACACCGCUGCAGGAGUCAAAGCAAGUGACAAGAUUGCUGGUUUUGACAUUGAUGGAUGCAUCAUCACAACCAAAUCAGGCAAAGUCUUUCCUACCACACCGGAUGACUGGAAGAUUCUAUACGCAGAGAUUCAACCCAGGUUGGCCAGUUUGCUCAAGAAAGGAUACAAGGUGGUGUUCUUCACCAACCAGCUCGGCAUCGCCAAAGGCAAACUGAGGCCGGAGGUGUUCAAAUCCAAAGUGGAGGACAUCCUGACCACGCUGCAGCUGCCAGUGCAGGUGUUUGUUGCAACCGGUCCAGGAGUCUACAGGAAGCCGGUGACGGGGAUGUGGACCCACCUGUGUGAGAAGGCUAAUGAUGGCGUGGCUGUUGACCUCCAGCAGAGUUUUUUUGUCGGAGAUGCUGCAGGGAGGCCAGAGAAUUGGGCUCCCGGCAAGAAAAAGAAAGAUUUCUCCUGCAGUGACCGUUUGUUCGCUUUGAACAUUGGACUGCAAUUCCACACCCCUGAGGAAUUCUUUUUAGGCUGGAAGAGCGCCCCCUUCAACCUGCCUGACUUCAACCCUAGGGAGCUUGACUCCGCCUCCAGGCUGUAUGACCCGCCGUCCGCUUCCCUCACCUCCAGUCACACAGAAGUCAUUGUUGCCGUUGGUUACCCCGCAUCCGGUAAAUCCACCUUUUUCCACGCCCACAUCAUCCCAAAGGGUUACGUCUAUGUCAACAGGGACACCCUGGGCUCCUGGCAGAAAUGCGUGGCGGUGUGCGAGCGCGCUCUCAGGGAGGGGCGCAGCGUUGCCGUUGACAACACCAACCCAGACCUGGAGUCGCGCAAACGGUAUGUGGACGUAGCUAAAGCAGCGGGGGUGUCCUGUCGUUGUUUCCACUUCUCUGCUUCUCUGGAGCUGGCCAAGCACAACAACAGAUUCCGGGAGAUGGUUCCAUCUGACAUCAAACACGCCAAGGUCAAUGACAUGAUCUUCCACAGUUACAAGAAACACUUCGUGGCUCCCGCUCUUUCCGAAGGAUUCUCAGAGAUUCUCCAGAUCCAUUUCGUUCCAGACUUCAAAGACAGACAGUCGGAAGUUCUGUUCCGCCAGUUUUCCGAGGGCUGACUCCCAAACUUAGCUUCAUGUCCAAAAUUUCAGCGUAGAGGCUUUAGAAUGUAACGAACCUUUGUGCGGUUCUUGUAUGUUAACUGAAUGACUAUAGCUAUGACUGUACAAGGCUUUAUUAGACAGAGAUGAGCCUGAAAGUACAGAUGCAGUUGGCUUGUACGCAUGCUACCCACACAUAUAUGAAUAAAGUCAGGAACAGUUUGUGUCUUGUUCUCAUGUCAGCCCUAAAAUCCAUGAACAAAUUAAACAUCAAAGCUG